UUUAAGAAAAAAUUUUAUUUAGAUAAUUUUAAUUAAUGAGUGUUUAAAAAAUAUAGAAAAAAAAAUUUUUUUCCUCAAUUUCACUAGUAAUCCAUUUUGCCCCCUCACCUUUACAGCUAAUAAAUACACAAUUAUAUAGGAAGUAAAAUUAAAAAUUAACGCUUGUUAACCACAAGAAUAGUAUUCGCGUGAUCGUAUUUACCUAUAUAAAAAUAAAAUAUAUAUUUUAUUGAAAUGAUUAAAGAACAGAAUGAAAAAAUUUAACGAUGCCGAUUAAAAGUUUAUCUAAUGAAUUCCAUCGUUUCUAUAUUAAAUAUUUAUUAAUUAAUAAAUGAUAAUUAAAACAAUAAUAUUAAUAUUAACAUGUAUUUCCGAAUGGACUUCACCUAACAUAUAAGCAUGAAGAGCAAUGGGUAACAUAUAAUUACCAUUACUAAUUACCGAGUAAUUGAAUUUAACAGACGGGCGAUAGAAUUAAUGAGGGUUGGAAUGACUCGGGUUUGCAAUAUUCAAAGUUAACAUUUGUAUUUGUAAUAUAUGUAAUUGUUUUAUUUCUUAUCGAUAAAAUAAUAUAACAUGUCUAUCUGUACUUCCAGUGAAUAAAAAUAUCUGCAAUUAUUUUUAUUGGUUUUAUUUUAUUGUUUUAUGGCAUUGAUGAUAAAAUUUAUUGAUUUUUACCAGUCGACAGAUGUUACUGAGUCAGUCGGUCACAGCAACGAAUACCGCCAGGGCCAAAGACCAAAUCCCGAGAGUUUCGGAAUGAUUGCCCAGAUAAUUGGACUAUUACUCUUAUUUUUUCGGAGCCACGGCCUCACGUCGGCUGUAUCUACCGAGGACACUUGUUGCAAAGUCCAAGUUCAAGAAAAAACCGGUGUUACCACAAGAUCGAUCCAACCAGAAGCAAAAACCUCUAUUGCGCCAUCCCAGUCUUCCGAGAGUUUGCUUGAUUGCGUCUUAGCAUCAUGUAAAACGAUUACUUUCAGCCGAGUUUUUUUAUACCAUCACCAACAAAUCGAUUCCUGCUUGUCCGCAUUUCAGGAAAGAUGCUCCGGCUCUUCAAAAAUCAAUCUGAUCUUCAAGAAAGCAACCUUCUACAAAAAUCAAAUUUCCAAAAAUUGGAUAACUUUUAGACCCGAAAACUUCGAUAUUAAAUCCAUUAGAUUUGAAGAGUGUCCAAUUGGCAGUAUCCAAUCUGAAGCUUUUGAUCUCCAAAUCUUCUCAAAAAUGGAACAGUUUCACUUGAUCAACACCAAUAUCUCAAUUUUUCACAAGAACCUCUUCCAAAAGUUAUCCAAUAUCAAAAAUUUCGCAGUUCAAAACAACCUAAUCACUUUAGCAGAGUCUUAUUUAUUUUUUGGACCAGCAGAACAAUUAGAAACUCUGGAAUUAGAUUCUUCAAUUCAAAAUUUGGAAGUGCUUAGCAAUAUAACUCUUCAAGAACUGCCAAAAGUCCAACUUUUGUCCUUGCAAGGCAAUAACAUCACUUUCAUACCCAAAACGCUUUUUGCAACAUUUCCAAAUCUUCGGUCGCUUUAUUUAGAUUCGUCCAACAUCGUAAGAAUUGAUUCGAACGCUUUUGAUGGUUUGAUUUCCAUCAAACAGGUGUUUUUGAGGAACAACCUUCUAUCUGAACUUCCUAAGGACUUGUUCCACCCAAUUUUGGUUGCCAAUAAGGAUUUCAAGGUUGCUUUGAGCGGAAAUCCUUGGAAAUGCGACUGUAAUCUAAUUUGGUUGAAGGAAUUGAUGGAAGAAUUCAGAAAUUUGGUUCUAGAAGAGCCAAUUUGUGAUAGGCCUGAAAGGAACAAGAAUUUGGGGUUUCUAAAGGCGGAUUUUUGUGAUGAAGCGAAGAUUUGGUGCAGCAAUUUGGAAGAUUUGAUUGAAAUAAGCAUAAAUUGUGAAAAAGGUGGAAAAAAUAUGAAUGGAUCAAUUAGAAAUGCUUUGAGCGAGGGAAAUAUCUCUUUGGCGGGGCUCGAUUGCGUUUGGAAGAGUGCUUUGAUUAAAAAGGAAAAUGAUUGCGCAAAAAGGUUGUGGUUAGCGAACGAGGACAAAGCGAUGGUAUUGUCUUUGUAUACAAUAGGGACCAUUUUGUUCGGAGUUUUUUGCGCCGUUGGGUGCUUUUUAAUUGUCAGAAAGAACAAGAGGAUGGUGAAGGCCAACCAAAAGGUUGUGGUUGAAGGAAGAGACUCGAUUACGCUGCCUGGAGGUGAAGCUUGUCAAAGAGAUAAUAAAGGAGAAAUUGAUUAUUUUACGCCUAUUGAAGCUAAUGAGGGUAAUGAGUAUGAAUCGAUACAAGACGUGAGGAAAGAAGAAAGCAAGAGUGAUAAUUGCCCACCGCCGUUGCCACCGCAUCCGUUUCAUGGUGUGAAAUCCGUUUCUUUGUUGAUGGAAGGAAGUCACGGGAAACGGGAAGUUAUUGAUGAUUAUUUGUUGUAAUUUGGUGGUUAAUAAAUUGGUAUUGCAUUUAUUUUUGGUGGGAAUUUUGUUUUUUUUAUGGGGAAUGCUUCUUGAAUUGUUAUUUCUGGGAUGGUGAUUGCAUUUGAAGGGAGUUUAGCGGAGGUAUGUUAGUGUUCGAGGUAAUUUGCAUUUGAAGGUUUCAAGAUUGAAUAUACAGUUAUGGGUAAUUUGAAUUUUAGAUUCUGUUUUGGGAGUAAAUUUGUUGAAAUUUUUUGAAAUGUCAUUUUAGAAGAAAUACUAAAUC